AUGCGUGAAUUGCAUAUCGAAAAAUUGGUCUUAAAUAUCUGUGUUGGUGAAUCAGGUGACAGAUUAACCAGAGCUUCCAAGGUUUUGGAACAAUUAUCUGGUCAAACUCCAGUUCAAUCUAAGGCUAGAUACACCGUUAGAACCUUCGGUAUCAGAAGAAAUGAAAAGAUUGCUGUUCACGUCACAAUCAGAGGUCCAAAGGCUGAGGAAAUCUUAGAAAGAGGAUUGAAGGUCAAAGAGUAUCAGUUGAGAGCAAGAAACUUCUCUGCUACUGGUAAUUUUGGAUUCGGAAUCGACGAACACAUUGACUUGGGUAUCAAGUACGAUCCAGGUAUUGGUAUUUACGGUAUGGAUUUCUACGUCGUCAUGGGUAGGGCUGGUGUCAGAAUUACCAGGAGAAAGAGAGCCCCAGGUGUCGUUGGAAAUUCUCAUAAAACCACAAAAGAAGAUACAAUUGAAUGGUUCAAGCAAAGAUAUGAUGCUGACGUUUUAGACAAAUAA